AUGGCAUUCCGACGGCGGGUUAGAACCUUUUUGAUUUUUUUUUUCCUAUUUUUUUAAAGAUGUCAAAUUGCUCGUGAAAAACCUUUAUUCAAUGCGCUAAACGAAAAUUUUUAAAAUUUUCUUUGAAGUUAGCUACGUGCCUUAGAUACUUCAGAGUGGUCCCUACAGGGCAAACUUAGGAUGGUGCCCUCUAGGGACCACUUCAACAACCCUUAUAGGAGUCACUAAAACUUGAAAAAGUUGUCCCUAUAGGGAUUUAUUUAGUGGCUCCUCUAGGGGACAUGCUAAUCGAACUCUGUGCGAAGUAGCAUUUUCAUGGGAAAAACUGAAAAAAAACAAGCGUUUUUUGAAGGAAAUCGAAAGAACCCUAUAGAGCCCUUAAACCCGUAUAAAGACCACUUUAAUUUUACCCCUAUAGGGACCAAUUUUUCGGCUUCUGUAGGAGUUGUCUUCCCCCCUGACCAAGGACCACUCUGGAAUUCCUAGGUAUAUUUUUUUCCAAUGAUUAUUCGUAGAGAUGUUAAUUUUUUAGUAUGAGAGGUUGGUACAGUCAAAAGUGUGGUUUUUCCGAUUUUUUUUCUAAAUUACGAAAAUUUCCAGGGAAGUGGCGACUCGAACUUCAGCCACCAUGACGAUCUCGACUUGGAGGCCGGUAAUCGGGAGACGAUGCGUCGCGACGCAGAGCGACAGGCAGCGCUUCAGCUCGAACGAGCCAAGGUUCUGACGACGGCUCGGCGGUUAUUGAGAAGUCUUAUUUUCAGUACAAGCCGGUCGCUUUCGCUGUCUGCACCAACGUUGAGUACGACGGCAGCGUCGACGACGAUUCGCCGGUCCAUGGCUGCGCCGUCUCUUUCAAGAUCAAAGACUUCCUUCACAUCAAGGAGGUAACGCCAUAAGUUUGAGCUGAGAAUGAGCUUUUUGCAGAAGUACAACAACGACUGGUGGAUCGGACGGCUGGUGAAGGAAGGUCACGACCUGGGUUUCAUCCCUUCGCCGGUGAAGCUCGAGUCUUUGCGGCAGCAGACGGCCAAGGCUGGCAAAUUGUAAGUCCGAGUGGCUGAAAACGAAAAAAGUCGUUGUGUGAAGCAAGCAGUCGACAUCUGCAUCCAAUCUAGGCGCACUGGACAGCAUGAUGCCGCGCAGUGGAUCUCGCGGCUCAACUCCUCCAACUCCAGGUUUUCUUUUUUCUUAGUUUUCCUUUCAAAAAAACUGAUUGGAUAUCUACCUCGUUUGAAAUUUUUUUCUCCCCAAAAAAAGAUGAACGGAUUCAUUCUAACUAAAAAAAGUGGAAACGGUUUCCUUUUUAUUGCCUUUUUCCGCCCUUUCAUCGGCCUUCAUCCACCCUUUUGGACCCUUUUGAAAAAAAAAUUCCUUAAAUUGAGAAUAAUUUUCACCAGUAACUAUAUAUCAACCAAAAUGUGCUACAGUAAUAAAAUCGGAAAUAAUGAAUGGCCGAGUCUUUCAGCACCCUUUUUGCACCCUUUUUCGGCUUUUUUGCCCACCAAGAAAGAAAGGCUCAAAAAAGGCCUCAAAACAGAACCCUUUCAGUGGCCAUUUCGCACCCGUUUUCCCCACUUCCGACUUUGGCAGUGAUAGAGUAUCCUUGGGCAAAGUCGGAAUGGUUAAUAAUGGCCGCUAAAAGGGAGAUGUUCAAAAAAGGUUGCAAAAAGGUAGCAAAGAGAAUCCCUUUUCAUUUUUCUGGAAUUUCGAAGGCUCAAGAAGUCGUGGGAAAAGGAAGAGACAGCAAAAAAUGAUGCAUAAUAGCCGAUGAAAUGGCGCAAAACGGCAGCAAAAAGGAGCCUUUUUCCACCCUUUCCAACUUUUCCCAUGUAUUAAGUUCUGCGAUUUCCAACAAAUGAUAUAGAAAAACUUGAAUUUUUCAAUUUUUUCAAAGUAGAAUCUUAUUCUAUAUUCUAAAAACCAGAAGACGACGAAUACGGCGCAAAAAAGCUGACCAACAUCGUAACGACACCUCCGACCAAAGAGAAAAAGAAGCUAAUAUUCAAGAAGGUGAGUCUAAGUGGUAAGAAUGAACUGAGCGAAGAUUCAGCAAGAGAACGUGCCUCCGUACGACGUGGUGCCUUCGAUGCGGCCCGUCGUCCUCGUGGGACCUUCGCUCAAGGGCUACGAGGUGACGGACAUGAUGCAGAAGGCCGUCUUCGACUACCUGAAACAUCGCUUCGAGGGCCGGUCUGUCCGGAGGCGGCUCCUAGCGACAACGAACCCUUCAGAAUCAUCAUCACCCGAGUCACCGCCGACAUCUCUCUGGCCAAAAGGUCGCUGCUCAACAACCCCAACAAGCGCGCCAUGAUGGAACGAGCCAACUCGCGGACCAGCAAUAGCCUUGGUGAGACUCCUUCCCUCGGAACUGGGCUGAUUAGGGUGUCUUCAGCCGAGAUACAGACGGAGAUCGAGCGGAUCUUCGAACUGGCGCGCUCGAUGCAGCUCGUCGUACUCGACUGCGACACCAUCAACCAUCCGUCGCAGUUGGCCAAAACCUCGUUGGCCCCGAUCCAUGUCUACAUCAAGAUUUCCUCACCAAAGGUUUGCCGAAUUGAAAAAAAAAAUCUUGAUGGUAUGGUCACUGGAGACAUGUAAAGUGUUCAAAAAUUAAUUUUCGCUUGCUUUUUCUUCAAAAAUUCUUUAUUUUUUGAUAUUUUCCGUUUUUUUUUUUUGAUUCAUCACUGACCUAGGAGUUUUAGAGUGGUCCCUAUAGGGGGAAAACAGUCACUGUAGGGGCCAAACAAAAGGUCCCUAUAGGGUUUUGGAGUCUGAUCCCGUAGAUCUUGAAACUUAAGUGGUCCCUGUAGGGGCUAGGGGGCAAAACAUCAAUAUAGGGGUCGAAAAAGUGGUCCCUAUAGGGGUCUUUCAACUUCUCUUAAAAAACGCUUAUUUAUUCAGCUUUCCCAUAGAAAUGCUUCUUCGCUUAGAGUAUAUGAAAAUUAUCGAUUAGCAUGACCCCUAUAGGGACCACUUCGCAAGUUUUAGUGGACCCUAGAGGUGACUCUCCAAAAGUCCUUAAAGUUGCCCCUAUAGAGACCGUUUUGAAGCUCCUAAGGAAAGUGAAUUUCUGAAAACGCAAAAUCCAAUAAAUUUUAAAUAAAGAUUUUUUUUCAUGGUGAAUAAUUUUCGGGAGCAUAGUUCAUUCACUCCUUAAAACUCGCCUGCGCUCUCUUUUCCCUCACCGCAGCUUUUGAAAGCACGCAAAUGAAGAGAGAACGUCGGGUGAAAGAAAAGAGCUCAAUUGAUGCUCCUUUGAACUGAGAAAGGCCCCAACUGUUUGAAACACGGCAGAAAGGAAGUUCAGGUCCUGCAAAGACUGAUCAAGUCGCGAGGCAAGUCUCAGAGCCGCAACAUGAACGUGCAGAUGGUGGCCGCGGAGAAGCUCGCCCAGUGUCCGCCGGUGAGUCUUCCUUCUCCGUCCCUCGCACUUCCAGCCUCCUAGGAGCUGUUCGAUGUGCUUCUUGACGAGAACCAGCUGGAGGACGCCUGCGAACACCUCGCCGACUUCAUGGAGGCCUACUGGCGCGCCACUCAUCCGCCAGUCCGCUCGCCGCCCAGAAUCAAGAGGAAUCCCAUGGAGAAUCGGGGCCCGUCGACGCUGUUCACCCCGGCGCAGAUGAUGCAGGGGAUGGGCAUGCCGCCGACGCUGCAGACUCAGCCGUCGGUCGCCUCCAUGUCUCAGAUGCUGCCCAACAACACAGGUAUCCCACGUCUUCAAUGGAAUCAGCGAAUGAUUAUCUAACAAGAUCUUCUUGAGCCAAGUCGGAAUAGGCGCUAAAAGGGAAAGGCUCCAAAAAGGCAGCAAAAAGAGUCCCUUUAUCGAGCCUUCUUAUUUUUCUGACAUUUUAAAGGCUCGAGAAAUGGUGGAACAAGAGAGAGACAACAAAAAUGGUGCAUAAGAGCCGAUGAAAUGGCGCAAAAAGGCAGCAAAAAAGGAACCUUUGUCACCAUAAAAGAAACAUUUCUAUGCGGCCUUUUCCCACCUUUUCCGAAUUUCCCUAUGGAAGGACUAUACUUUGUAUAAAAAAUAUAAAAUUUUCCCCAAGAUUUUUUCAAUUUUGCAAUUUAAACCGAUUCGUGACUUUCUUAGAAAACUUUCUAGAAAAAUUUAAAGGGAACUAUCACUCUUUGAUUUUCAGGAGGCCCACCCUAUUUGGCCCCGCCACAACCAGGACGACCUUCGAUGGGUGUUCAACAGGUAAAAGUUUGAAAACGUUUCCUUUUUUUCACGGCGUUUUUUCGACAACUUCACUUCUUUCCGUAAAGUGUAGUGUGUCGUGUGCACGCACUGCGCCGCAUUCGCGCAGAAAAAUGCGUUUAUGUAGAGAUAAUUUCAUUCGUCUCAAAAGUCUCUGGAAAUACGGCGGUUUGUGCCUUUAAUGUUCCCGGUUAUGUACGCUCUUUGCCGGUCUUAUGACGUCAUAUGGGAACGGCAGAGUUUUUGACUCCGCCCACCAAGAUUUUUUUUUGUAAAACUCGCGAGAAAUAGCUCGACGUGUACUGUUACUUUGGGGUGUACAGCUGAUUCACGGCUGGCUUGAGCCAUCGAAAAAAAGGUCCUGACACGAUAAUGCACGAGAUAUAGUCUGUUCAGAUCUUUAAUGUCAAGUGCAAUGACGUCAUUCAAAAACACUCUGUGGAUGGCUCGCUCUCUGAUUGGUUCAUCGCACCAUUAGGGGCGGAGCUUGAGCGACGACUUGACAUUCGAAAUCUGAACAGAAUAUAGAGCUUGGCUCGUGGAGGGCGCAGAGGGCCCGAGUUUCAAAUGUGAAACGAAUGAAAAGAAUCGUUUCCCUUCGAAAAUGUCUUUAUAUUCCAGCCGACGACGAGCUACGGACUUGCGCCUUCAUCGCUGGGCCACCAGGCGAGGCCGAACUUCGGCGGCAACGUCGCCCAGACGCAGGACAGACACGGCUUCGACGAGUACGACGACAUGGACAUGUCGCACACCUACGAGCGCGGCACGUACCGCUACUGA